AUGGUCUGCUCGGCUGCCCCUGUGCUACUCCUGGCCAUGACUCUCCCUCUGGUGAGGUCACCACUUGCCCAAGAGUCCCAGCCUGUGAGUAAGACUGGGGUGAGGGAAGACCGAGGGAAGGUCUGCAGAGGCAAAAAGAGGAGCUUCAAAGAGACCAAGUCCUACCAGAUUAGCCAGGCCGGCCCCGGAGCGGCUUGGGGAAGAAGGUGUCCCCGGGAGAAAUGCGGAGUCAGCUGUCCUCAGAGGUCUCUCCCCUGUGCUCUGUUCCAGGGCCAGGGUCAGGCUGGAGGGGAAUCAGGGCAGCAAUUGUACCAAGAAAGUGGAGCAGGUAAAUCGGUCCCGGUCUCCGUCUAUGUACAGCUGUACUUUUCAAGUGAGCACCGGCCGGCGGCACUCUCCAGGCCCCUGACUCUCCCCGCCGCCUCGGCUUCCUCUGCCCCAGUAACUCUCACCGGCCUCAGCCUCACAGCAGAGUGCAGUGUCUCCCACAAGGGGUGUAGCUACUGUGCUUGCCUCUCUGGGUACCAGUGGAACGCCAGCGUCUGCUCCCAUCACCGUCCCUGCCAAACCCCCCUCAAGCACCGGCCUUGUGGCUGCCUUGUCUUCGGCCCUGCUGAAGCCGGGUACUGCCAGCUGCUGCCACCUGUCCCCGCAGCCCUGAGCCUCAGCUCCUGGCUGCAGACGCCUGGCGACACCCUGAACCUGACCCUCCUCACAAGCCAGGAGACCACCAACCUGAACUGGUUCCUGUGGCCCACAGGGAGCCCCAGCCCCAUCCUCCUGCAGGCAGGGACACGUGUGUCCUUGACCUCCAGCCGGGACCGGGCUGUCCUCAGCAUUGUCAACAUCUCCCAUAAAUGGGCAGGUGAGUACAUAUGCUGCUUUGAGGCCCGGGGAUUCAGGUGGGAGCUGCACCAGAUGGGGAGGGUGCCCCUGCAGGUGACAGACGUGGCUGGGCUCCCAGACCAGCUCUCCGUCUCCUGUGCCACCUCCCCUGGCUUCCGGCUGAGUUGCUGCAUCCCCAGUGCCCACCUGAGCUACACGGCUUCCUGGAGCCCCAGAGACGGCAACGAAGCCUCCUUAUUCAACACGCCGGACUCCCAGUGCCUUGUGCUGGCUGUUCAGCGCUGCCCUGCAGCCGACACUACGUACACUUGUGACCUGCAGAGCCCGGGACUGAGCCCUCUCAGGGUUGCUGUCUCUGUCACCGUCAUUCAGGAUGGAGACACCACCUGCCCUGAGGACUCUUCAGCUGUUGCCUGGAACGUCACCAAGGCUGGCCAUGUGGCCCAGGCCCCGUGUCCCGGGAAGAGGAGGGGCAUGGAUAGGCCCUGUAGGCCUGAGGGGGUCUGGGGGCCCAUCCACAGCAGCUGCACGGACACGGGGCUCCUGGCCUUGCUUCUUAGAGCCCGGCUGCUGAGGGCAGGCCAGGGCUGGCCUGUGGACGAGGUGCCACAGAUCUUGGCUCAGCUGCUGGAGCAGGCAGUGGUGGUGACCUCACCCACCGACUUAUUGGCACUGGUGGGCACCAUGACAAUCCUGGCCAAGGUGGUGGCAGAUGCCAGAAUACAGCUCGACGGCAGUGCCCUGGAGGCGCUCCUGAAAACCACAGACAAGGUCCUUGACAUGGACUCCAGUUCUCUGUGGACCCCGGCCUGGGCCCAGAAGCCCUUGGUGGGCUCCAAUCUCCUGCUGGCUGUGGAGACCCUGGCACUCAGCCUGUGCCCACAGGAUCAGCCCUUCUCCUUCGUCUUGCCCAACGUGCAGCUGCAGAGCCAGCUCCUCAGGCCCACAUUUCCUGCCGACUACAGAGUCUCCUUCCCUCCUCAGCCCCCGCUGCAGGCGCAGAUUCCCAGGCACUCACUGGCCCCACUGGGCCAUAAUGGAACCAACGUCAGUGUUACUAGCCUGGUGCUGUGAAAACUGGACCACCUUCUGCCCUCGAACUAUGGACAAGGGCUGGGGGACUCCAUCUAUGCCACUCCUGGGCUGGCCCUCGCCAUCUCCAUCAUGGCAGAUGGCCAGGUCUUCAACCAGGGAGGUAUCAUGGACUUUGGGGACACAGAUGGCAGUCCCCACUGUGUCUUCUGGGACCAUGAUCUAUUCCAGGGCAAGGGAGGCUGGUCUGAGUCAGGGUGCCAGGUGCAGGCAGCCAGUGCCAGUCCCACCACUCAGUGUAUCUGCCGGCACCUCACUGCCUUCUCCAUCCUCAUGUCUGGACACACGGUUCCAAAAAACCCCACCCUGGAGAUGCUGAGUCAGGUGGGCUUGGGGGCCUCCAUUCUGGCACUGCUCGUGUGCCUGGGCGUGUACAGGCUGGUGUGGAGAUUCGUGGUGCGGAACAAAGUUGCCUAUUUACGCCACACGGCCCUGCUCAACAUGGUGCUCUGCCUGCUGGCCGCAGACACCUGCUUCCUAGGAGCCCCACUGCUUCCUCCAGGACCCCACAGUCCGCUCUGCCUGGCCGCUGCCUUCCUCUGUCAUUUCCUCUACCUGGCCACCUUUUUCUGGAUGCUGGCUCAGGCCCUGAUGUUGGCCCACCAGCUGCUCUUCAUCUUCCAUCAGCUGUCCAAGCACCGAGGAUUCUCCCUGAUGGUGUUCCUUGGCUAUCUGUACCCGAUGGGGUUUGCAGGUGUCGCCCUGGGCCUCUACUUACCCCGAGGGCAAUACCUGGGGGAGGGGGCAUGCUGGUUGGACAAGAAGGGAGGAGCGCUCUACACCUUCGUGGGUCCAGUGCUGGCCAUCGUGGGCGUGAAUGGGCUGGUACUCACCGUGGCUGUGCUGAAGCUGCUGAGACCUUCGCUGUCAGAGGGACCCCAGGUGGAGAAGCACCAAGCCCUCCUGGGGGUGAUCAAAGCUCUGCUCGUUCUCACACCCAUGUUUGGCCUCACCUUGGGGCUGCGUCUGGCCACUCUGCUAGAGGAAGUCUCCAUAGUCCCUCACUACGUCUUCACAGUUCUCAACACCUCCCAGGGUGUCUUCAUCUUAUUGUUUGGUUGCCUCAUGGACAGGAAGGUGCAAGAGGCAUUACGCAAACACUUCUGCCGCACGCAGCCCCCCAGCUCCCUGAGCUCAGCCCUUGGGAAAGAUAGGCUUCUGUUUUCAUUAGUCACGCUCAUCUCUCUGGCAGCUUACCUGUUCGCCACCUGUGACUAUCCAAGCAAGAAAAGUAUGAAAAACUAG